CACACACACUUUCUCUCUCUCAGGUCUCAGGACUUUCUGCUGUGGUUCUGGUACCUGCACAAGACACACUCAUCUUCUGAAGGAUGGCUGGGACUCAUACUGUCCUGCUCGCACUGCUGCCCACCGUCCUCAUUCUAAUUGUGUUGGCCGGGGUUGAGAGUGCAGCUGUUAAAGAUGUAAAAGACAGAAAAGCUCAAGCAGGAGCAUCCAAACGAGUUUUCAUGCCAGCAUCUGAUGCCUCAAACUUCUUCAAACGCCGCGGUCGCAGAUCCCCAAGAACUUAUGAAGAGUACUAUGCGGAGCAGAAGAUGAAGAUUGCUGCAAACGAGCGAAGGAGAGAGCACUUAGAGGAACAAACCAACGAAUACGAGAACUAUUUAGAGGAGGAGCGCGAUGAACAGUACGAGAGGACCAGAGAGAAGAAUGAGCAGUGGAGAGAGUUCCACUAUGAUGGGCAAUACCCACGAUACCCUCACCACCGCCAGUAUGUCUGAGCACAUAUGAGCACAUGCAAUGCCUCAGAAAAGUGGAUAACCGUCGUUUGAGGGAUACUUUCAUGACAUAAUAUAAUUAUUCAAAACAUUUAAGCACAUAGAUUUAAAGUUUUUAAUACAUGUAUAAUAAAAGGGUUUGUGUGUUUGGAA